AUGCCACCUGCAGACUCAACACCGAAUAUCAAGCCGACUUAUCAGAGCGCAACUGAGACAUUGCCCAGUCGUAUUCUCAGACGCGUCCACACUAACGAUGGCAGCUUACAUCAAUCGUCAAAGCAAUCGCAAGCUAACCUGAAGUCAAAACAUCAACAGCAGCAAAGUCAGACAGAUCCAUCAACAGCAACCACCAUUCUGCCGACGAAAUUCAGCUUUUCGCAACUUUGGAUUCGACAAAAACUAUUCAUGAAUCCAUCUAACACGACCGCACUGUUACCGAUGCAGCGUACGGCGUCCGCACCUCCGCUAGCCCCAGAUCCUUCAACGGGCGACAAUACUGGAGAUAUCUCGAACGAUAGCCGGAAAGCACCGCAAUCCGCUCCAGGAAGGCUAUCGAAACCGUUCUUGCCAACGUCAAAUGCAGCCUCGACCUCGUCCUUUACAGGCUCUUGGGCGACGCUAUGGAAACCACCGCGUCAAUCAAUCCUGAUACUCGAAUCAGCUUCGACUAUCGCCACUGCGGAUGGCACAUCGACUUCAGUUCCUGCACCAUUGCCCUCAGUUUCCAUUUCACCUGAUUUUGCGCCUCAUACGACUCGACCCCAUAGCCAGUCGCUGCCGUCUUUAACUCACACUGGAUCUAAAGGUGUUCGCGUAAGCACAUUCGAGGACACUUCUGGGAUCUGUAACUCUGUCGACACCAGGAACUGUUCUAGUUUGAAUUCAGAUACCAUGUCCAGGUCAUGCCUGAAAUUGAUGCUUGCAGUUGUGCAGAAGAGGAUUGCUGAAGGGAACGAGCAGCUAGAGCACUACCGCCAAAUGAUUCAACAGCUUAUGCAAGAUAAACAGGAAGCUAUUGAGUCACAAAGGCCGCUGCGGCAGGAAAGGGAUACCAUUGCACUUGGCAUCGAGCAGCUGGAGCGAUCGAGCCGACAGGCGAUGAGCACAACCUCUUUGAGACGGAAUGCGCAUUUCCCCAAGAACCGCCUCUCUUUAUUUUCCAACGCCACCGGGGAUCUCUGGACCGCGUCUUCGUAUUCGAAACCCAACUCUAACCACCGGUGCGAGCUCCAUGAUAUAAAUACAGCUUUUACAUGCCAACCCGAGACUGUGACUCAUACGAUUGUCAGUCCGAUCAUGGAAGUCCCUUCCGCACCGCUGCUUUUUCGAACAUUGAUAGCUUCGCCUACAGAGUCCGCCAUGGCCUCACCCUCAGUUUCAGCACCGUUGGACAUCGUUUCGGUUACAUCUAUCUCCUCUCAAUGUCAACCAUGCCAGCUGGAAGCAACCCUGGCCGAGAAGCAGGCCCAGCUGAAGGUGCUCCAGAGCAAGAUGAAUCAGAGUCAGCAGAAAAUCAACUCUACAGGAUCCCAGGUAAAACUUAUCAACCGGACAUUUAUUGCUCCGAUUCAGGAAUGCCUUGAGGAGGAUUGCUCGGAAUGGGCAAGGCUUACGGCUUUGGCAAAGACACAGGUGGAUGCGCCAGUUAUGAGCCGACCCAAAGAGGUGAAAGAAAGUGAUGCAUGCGUGUCAAUGUCAGCCAGGGGUAUCUAG